GUGCUUACCAUCCAACCAGCUUACGGUGACUAAUUGUUUCAAUAAACAAACACAAUCCAGGAGCUGGGAGUGGGAACCAGAAGAUAUAUGGGAAUUGAUGUUCAAUGGCUAGAAAGAGAGCUGACAAGGGGCUGAAAUGAAUAUGACUACUAUCCUACAAGAGAUUUUGAUUAAAAGAUCACAGCAGAAGAAGAGGACUUCCCCCUUAAACUACAAAGAGAGGCUUUUUGUACUUACGAAGUCUAUGCUAACAUAUUAUGAAGGUCGAGCAGAGAAAAAGUACAGAAAAGGAUCUGUGGAUAUUUCAAGGAUUAAAUGUGUAGAAGUUGUAAAAAGUGAUGGUAUUAUUCCCUGUCAAAAUAAAUAUCCAUUUCAGGUUGUAUAUGACGCUAAUACACUUUAUAUUUUUGCACCGAGUGCACAAAGCCGGGAUCAGUGGGUGAAGAACCUGAAAGAAGAAAUAAAGAACAACAGCAAUAUAAUGGUAAAAUAUCAUCCUAAAUUCUGGACAGAGGGAAUUUAUCAGUGCUGCAGACAGACAGAAAAAUUAGCUCCUGGCUGUGAAAAAUACAAUCUUUUUGAAAACAAUGUAAUGAGAUUGUCCUCUCCAAUGCCAGAAAAAAGUGUGCGAAGGCCUCCACCACCUGUUCCUCCAGUUGAAGAAAAUGGCAAUGAAGAGGAGGAGAUAGUGGUAGCAAUGUAUGACUUUGAGCCUACAGAACAUCAUGAUUUAAGAUUAGAGAAAGGUGAAGAAUAUACAGUGAUUGAGAAGAACGACAUUCAUUGGUGGAGGGCGAGAGACAAAUAUGGAAAACAAGGAUAUAUUCCAAGCAACUAUGUAACAGAAAAGAAGUCCAACAACCUUGAUCAAUAUGAGUGGUACAGCCGAAACCUGAACAGAAGCAAGGCAGAACAGCUCCUCAGAAAUGAGGAUAAAGAAGGUGGUUUUGUGGUGAGAGACUCCAGUCAGCCUGGCCUGUAUACAGUUUCCCUUUAUACAAAAUUUGGAGGGGAAGGCUCAUCAGGAGUAAGACACUAUCAUAUAAAAGAAACAGUAACAUCACCAAAGCAGUACUACCUGGCAGAAAAACAUCUCUUUAACUCCAUUCCAGACAUAAUUGAGUAUCAUCAACAUAAUGCAGCAGGUCUUGUUACCAGGCUGCGUUACCCAGUGACCCCAAAGAAGACGACAGCACCAACAACGGCAGGAUUCAGCUAUGAAAAAUGGGAAAUUAAUCCCUCGGAACUGACUUUCAUGAGAGAACUGGGGAGUGGUCUGUUCGGAGUAGUGCGCCUUGGGAAAUGGAGAGCACAGUAUAAAGUGGCCAUCAAGGCAAUACGGGAAGGGGCAAUGUACGAAGAGGAUUUCAUUGAAGAAGCUAAAGUAAUGAUGAAGUUAACACAUCCUAAAUUAGUUCAGCUGUAUGGUGUGUGCACACAACAGAGACCCAUUUACAUCGUGACUGAGUUCAUGGAGCAUGGCUGCCUUCUCAAUUACCUGAGACAAAAACGGGGAGUUUUGAGUAAAGACAUCCUGCUCACUAUGUGCCAAGAUGUAUGUGAGGGAAUGGAGUACUUGGAGAGAAACAGCUUUAUCCACAGAGACCUGGCUGCCAGGAACUGCUUAGUGAGUGACUCAGGAGUGGUCAAAGUGUCAGAUUUUGGAAUGACAAGGUAUGUCCUUGAUGACCAAUACACAAGCUCUUCAGGGGCUAAAUUUCCUGUGAAAUGGUGCCCCCCAGAAGUUUUUAAUUACAGCCGAUUCAGCAGCAAAUCAGAUGUCUGGUCAUUUGGUGUUUUAAUGUGGGAAGUAUUUACAGAAGGAAAAAUGCCCUUUGAAAAAAGCUCCAACUAUGAAGUGGUAACAAUGGUUAGCCAAGGACAUCGUUUGUAUCGGCCCAAACUAGCCUGCAAGCCGGUGUAUGAAAUGAUGAUGAUGUGCUGGCAGGAGAAACCAGAGGGACGCCCGACUUUUGAAGAGUUGCUUCGUGCGAUCAUUGAGAUUGCAGAGGGGGAAGAUGCUUUCUGAAGAAAGACAACAGCAGCAUAAGCACAGAAAAAAAGCCACUUUCCAGAGAUGGGGCUACAUAAUUUCUUUUAAAGAGCUUGAUCCUGUAAGCUGCUGGGUGUCGCUAAACAAUGUGGGGAACCUGUAACAUCUAAUCCACUCAAGCACAAAGGAGAGUUUUACAUGAUGUUGGGAAAUGAGCACAGUGUCUUCAGCAAUAUUAACAAUCUCUAUAUUUUCUCUGAAAAGUCAGCAUUGCUUAGCUGGCAAGUUGAACUCCUUAUGGAGGGAGACAAUGUGACCAAAGGUCAGGAGCCUCACUUGCAUUUAGUGGGUUGGUUUCAUGUACAUACAGUCCACGUUUCUGAGUUUCUCUUUACACAGACAGUAGUAUUAGUAGUGAUUUGCAUGCUUAAAAAUGGAAGGUAUCCAUAAAUUACUAUUUACUGACAUUGAAAAAUUUCCAGAGAUUCUCCAGAAACAUUAUUUUUCUCAGUUGAUGGGUGUUUUAUAGCACGUCAAGAAGAUAAAACAUGUCUCUUUCAUUUGCACAUAGUAGGUUGUUGCCAGCACAGUCUUCAGUUUAGUGUAACACUCUAAAAACCUUGCUUCAGAACUGAGCCGUGAUAUUCCAAAGUCAUUCUAAGCUGUUUGGUGAACCAGAGACCUCCCAUGGUUAGUCUUGAUGUUACUAAUGAAAACUAAGUCCAAGACUCAGCACAACUGUCUGUCAGUGUAUCAUAGUACCAAGUUUUGAAUUAAUUAUAAAAUAAUUUAUAUGCUGUAUGUAAUGUAAAUAUAUAAAUUCAAUGCAUUUAUUUAUAUAAAGUGGGGGGGUUUGUCUUGAAAUUUGACCUACCCUCACUUGAAUACACAACUCUAUAUGUGGGAUUGUAAAUGAAACAAAGUAAAUUUUCAAGUGUGUUUAAGGAGAACUCUUCUGUCAUCUGUACAUAGAGUGACCUAACCCUUCUGUUCAUAACAAAAAAAUGUCAUACUACACAUGUGUAAAUAAACUGAAUGUUAACUAGUGUUUGGGACCAAUUAAUUUAGCAAAUAAUUUACUGUCAGUACAUCAUAAAUCAAACUAAUUGUUCACAUGAUUAUAGUGUUAUGAUAAUCCAUGUAUGUGUAUAUUUCUGUGUGUAUACACACUCUAUACUAAAUACAUAAAUGGUUGAAUGGAUAUAUAUUUAAAUUAAUUUGGCCAUAGUGAAAUGUUAAGUGCAGAAAUGCCUGAACUUUCUUUAGAAGUUACCUGCCAUGUCCCCUCUGCUAGAAGCCAGUGUCUCCACAGCCUUGCUGAAGCCUGUUUCAGUUAAUCUGACUUUGUGCAAGUGGAUAUGAGGAGUAUUUACACUCCAGUUUUGCUGUAGCUACCUCCUGAGUAGCUCUAUUACACUUUCUUUUUCUUUUGCUACUUGUACUCUUGUGCCAUGUAUAAUAGGAAAUAUAUUGCACAAAACCUUUGUAAUUUCUUUUGCAAGUAGUCAGAGAGGAGUACGGUGGACUUUAUUUCCAAUUGAAUUAUUAAAGGUAACUAUAGUUAGCUUAAUGCAUUCUAUCAUUUUUGCAUUUGAGUAUUUCUGUAAUCAGUUUUGGAGAUGCUUAAAUCCCUCCACUGCUUUGCCUAAACCUUUAUGUUCAGAAGGAGGAAGCCUUCUCUCUCUUGGAAGAAGUGCUUUCUUUUUCUGACAGUAUUCCAUUGAAAAGUUACAGACUGUCAGAAAAGGUUUAAAUGCCUAUCUCUUUUUUCUUAAUGACCAAGUCUCAGAAGAUUAUUCCAACUAUGCAAUCCAAUCUGUCAAAUUUUUGAGUCCAAGCCAUUCCCCAAUCAGUAUCAACAGCAUGUAUUGUUAAGAGGGAAAAUCUAGGGGUUUCUACAUGUAGUAGAAAAAAUGAUGUGGAACAUUUAAUGUAAGCCAAGCUCAUCUUUCCUUCCCUAACUACUCCUUUGAACCCCACUUUCACCAUGGAGAUCCUGCAAAGUAUGGUGUUGCCAACACUUUCAACAAUACAUCAUGACGAAUUUUACAGUAGUAAGUAAUGUUCUCUUAAAACACAAACAAAGCAUAGGAAAAUCAGAAGAUAAAUAGUUUCCAAUGAACCUUAAGCCUGUUUCUUUAAAGUAAUUAAAUAUUUAUCAUUACUUUGUAUGAUAAAACACACCCUAACUAUGUGGACUUCUGGCAGGAGUUUUCUCAGUGAGGUGGGUGCUCUGAAUCCAACACUUUCACCUGCCUUUUCACAGUACCUGAGUAUAAUUUCUGCCUACCUGCUUUUGGAUUUGAUACUUAGGAUGUCAGGAACUCUGAGGGACCCAGUGUAUCAAUGAAUGCACUUUUUUAGUUGAAUGUAGCCUUAGGUGGCUAAUUUUAGAAAGGAUCAGAAUGCCUUUGGAGGCAGCUGUCUUGCUGACUCCUGAUGUAUUCAAAGGCAGAUUGAAAUGUUGUACCAUCCUUUCUUCUGGAUGAGCUCACUCACCCUUAAGCAACUUCAGUCCUUCCUCCCCUUCUUAUUGUUACUGAUUUUUUUCAAAUGUUGGUGUCAAAAAUCCAUCUGAACAGAACCAAAUGCUGUUAUUUACAUCUAUUAUGGCUUUUAUCCUUUUUUAAAAAGAAAUACUUGAACCUAUGAUAACAGUUUAAUAACUUUUUUUUUUGCAGUAAAAUGUUUGCUACUAGAAAGCAGACACUUUUUUCUCCUUCUAGGACCCCCUUCUGGGGCUUUUUUUUUUUUAAUAAAAGGUAA